AUGUCGACAUUAAUUUCUUCAUAUCUUCUUGGUCUUGUGGCCUGCGCUGCCGCGGCGCCUGCGGCCUCACGAGCUUCGCCCCAUGGCACUCGGGGCUACGGCGAGAUCCAGUGGAAACCUUGCGGCGACCUCGGGGUGAACGGGACAACGGAGCUAGAAUGCGGUAGCCUCGCUGUUCCUCUUGAUUACACGGAGCCUGAUUCCGGGGAGACGCUCGACCUCGAGAUCCUAAGGGCUCCGGCCCCAAACCAGCCCUCGAAGGGAAGCGUGUUCGUCAACUUUGGUGGCCCGGGAGCUAGCGGUGUCGCUGAGAUGUCCUUAUUGGGGUCUGUCUUGAGCAUAUUUGUCGGAGGCUCAUACGACGUCGUUAACGUGGUACCUCGAGGAACCGGCAACACACUUCCAUUCUCCUGCUUCGAAGACGAACAGGAGCGAAUCGCAGCCGCCUUGAGGGCCCCUUUCGCUACAAACGCCUCCGAUACUGCCCUCGGACAGGUCUGGGCCGAGGCUAAAAACAGAGCAGAUGCGUGCGCUCACGCGCAAAACGAGACGGGAAGCCUUAUCGGAACGGCCUUUACAGCUCGGGACAUAAUGCAAGUGGUCGACGCCCUUGAGGAAGACGGCAAGCUCAGAUGGUGGGGCCAAUCUUACGGAACGCUCCUCGGAUCGACGCUCAUUGCCAUGUUCCCGGAUAAGAUCGACAAGGCUGUCCUGGAUGGUGUCAUCAAUGCGCAUGAGUACUACCAUAUCAAUGUAGAACAGGUUGCUGGUGCGGACAGCGCCUUUUCCGGGUUCUGCUCCCAGUGUGUGGAUAACAAGGACAAGUGCCCUAUCGCCAGCAACCGUACGGCCGAAGAGCUUGAGGAAGAUAUUUACGCGGCGAUGGAGGCGUUGAAGUCCGAACCCAUCCCCGUAUCCGUGGAGGGCAAAGGAUACAUCGUCGACUACGCAACCAUCAAGGGGACGAUCCACUACGCCUUGUACUUCCCCGCAACGUGGCCCACACUAGCCGAGAAACUGGACAUCCUGUUUUCGGGAAACAUCACGGGCAUUCUUCCUGACCUCGUGGCCCCCCUGCCAGUCACUCCGGACGCGGAUGCUAUCCAGGGGAUCAAGUGCAGCGACAACCAGGAGCCUCUGGAGACCCUUGAGGAUGCGCUCCCGGGUGUCGAGGCGCGGGCGGAGCUGAGCAAGAUUGCGGGCGACAUCGCCGACGUUAGUGCGCUGCAGUGUGCGCGCUGGGGAAUGCCAGCGAAGGAGCAGUACACCGGCGACUUCAAGGCCAAGACUCAGAACCCGGUCCUUCUGGUCAGCACCCAGCAUGACCCCAUCACGCCGCUCGUCUCGGCCAAGAAGAUGAGCGAGGGCUUUGAGGGGAGCGUGGUACUUGAACAGGAAGGUUACGGAUCAACCAGUGGCAACGGGAACAUUCACAUAUAUUUUAUUUUAGAGUAG